UUGUUUUAUUACGUAUUUUUGUCGAGAAGUUAACUCCCGCAAGUUUCCUGGCAUUAUUUCCUACAACUGACUUAAUAUGUGUCAUUUGAUUAACGAGCUCGAUGCGUUCCGGGUGGCAGAGUGAGGUUAUGUUGCACAGCCCUCUUCGCCACGAGUGGGAUUACCGACUUUUAAGUCCUCCUUGAGAUUAAUCGUAAUGUCAGCGAGAACGUGCUUGUCCAGGGUUAUCUCCGCUGGAUUUAGAGAUUUACAAUUUAGAGAUCUUCACGUGGUAUCGAGACUUAGUCACUCAGAGCAAGAUGUUGAGGCUAGGCGUAAGGAAGUUAUGUCUCGAGGUCUCCCGAAACAGAAACCGAUCGAAGGUGUUAAACAAAUUUUACUCGUAGCUUCUGGGAAAGGAGGCGUAGGUAAAUCGACUACGUCUGUAAAUUUAGCAAUCGCGAUAAAGCUUCUCGAACCUGAGAAAUCUGUAGGACUGUUAGAUGCAGAUGUCUUUGGGCCGACUAUUCCACUGAUGAUGAAUCUUCAUCAGUCACCUAUCUUAAACAAAGACAGUCUAAUGGAACCCCUCAUAAAUCAUGGCAUUAAGUGCAUGUCAAUGGGAUUUUUAAUAGACGAGAAGUCACCCGUGAUCUGGAGAGGGCUCAUGGUAAUGAGUGCGUUAGAGAAACUGAUAAGACAGGUUGCAUGGAGUCCGGUUGAUUAUUUAAUCAUAGACACGCCACCAGGGACAGGUGAUACGCAUUUAUCCCUGGUUCAAAAUAUUCCAAUUAGUGGUGCACUUCUUGUAACGACUCCCCAAAGGGCUGCCUUAGAUGUAACACGGAGAGGAGCAGUUAUGUUCCGAAAACUGAACGUCCCAUUAGCUGGUAUCGUGGAGAAUAUGUCAAAUAUCAUCUGUCCGAACUGUACUUCCGAUAUUCCUCUUUAUGGCAAAGGAACGGCAUCAUUGGCCGAAGAACUUGGAAUAUCCGUAAUGCAAAAAGUGCCUCUGCAUAAUGACGUCUCCGAAAGUGGAGACACAGGAAAGCCAAUUGUACUCGCAAAGCCUGAUUCGGUCCAAGCCUUGGCAUUCAAAGAAUUAGCAAAGAACGUGACUUCCUUCUUAGCCAAACAAUCUGUGAAUUCGGACAAUCAUCCCACCAGUAUCCAUUCGAGUGAGAACGCGGAAGUGCAUGAGGUUCCCAUGAGCGUUCUCAUUAGACCCUUCCCACCAGAUGUAAACGAGGAAAAAGUGAAAAGUUUAAUGGAGACCUUAAAAAAUCCAGACACAGAAUCUUCCGUACCACCUGUCGAUGUUCUUUGGAUUACAGGUCGUGAAGGAGGCGAUUACUUUUACUCGUUCGGAGGAUGUCACCGAUACAUUGCUCAUCAACGCCUUGGUAAGCCCUCGAUAAAAGCAAAGUUAGUAAAAUCAACGAUAACAGACUUACGAAGCUACCUGGGAACAUCGACGCCAGACCUGAAGUAAAUCUACCGUUCUUUCAAAGAACAGUAACUUUGUAGAUAUGAUAUUUGUACUCACACCCAUGUUAACCGUAUUCCGAAUAACAAUUCAUAUGAUAUAAAAUUCUUUGAUACUUUA